ACACGCCUCACAAAGACAGAAUCCCAUUCCUAAUUUUCUUCCCUUCCCCAUUCUUUCUCUCUUUCUCUCUUGCAGCCAUUUCUAAGCCUUCAACACUUCACCAUAAUCAUCAUGGGAAACAGAGAUCUGGAGAGAGAUGGAAUUGGAGGAGAAAAGAGCAGAAACAACAACAACUCAUACCCACCACCAUCACCCUACUAUGUGGAGGUUUCUGAGUCAGAGUGGACGCCAUGGAUGGUGCCAAUGAUAGUGGUGGCUAAUGUGGCCAUGUUUGUGGUCAUCAUGUAUGUCAACAACUGCCACCAUAAUUAUGAGGGCUCCAGGUUUGGGAAGGGGAGACACUGCGUUGCAAAGGUUCUUGGGAGGCUCUCUUUUCAGCCCCUUCAAGAAAACCCUCUGUUUGGACCCUCUUCUUCCACAUUGGAGAAAUUGGGAGCGCUAGAGUGGAAAAAGAUAGUGCAUGAACAUCAAGGAUGGAGGCUUAUCACUUGUAUCUGGUUACAUGCGGGUGUUGUACAUUUACUUGCUAACAUGCUGAGCUUGCUUAUAAUUGGAAUUCGCCUUGAGCAGCAAUUUGGUUUUGUACGGGUUGGGAUAAUCUACCUAGUUUCUGGAGUUGGUGGGAGCAUUCUUUCUUCCCUUUUUCUUCAACGAAACAUCUCUGUCGGGGCUUCGGGUGCACUGUUUGGACUUCUUGGAGCAAUGUUGUCGGAGCUGCUUACUAACUGGACAAUCUACACGAAUAAGGCUGUUGCCCUUUGUACUCUUGUCGUUAUCAUCCUAAUUAACUUGGCAGUCGGGCUUCUCCCUCACGUCGAUAAUUUUGCUCACAUUGGAGGUUUCCUUAGCGGUUUCCUUCUUGGCUUUGUGCUGCUACUCAGACCCCAAUUCGGUUGGAUUGAAAGGCGCCAUCUUCCAGCCGAAGCGCGCCUCAAGUCCAAGUACACUGUUUACCAAUAUGUUUUCUUCGCAGCUGCAUUGAUGUUAUUGAUUGUUGGAUUCACAGUGGGAUUAGUCAUGCUGUUCAGAGGAAAGAAUGGAAAUGAUCAUUGCAACUGGUGCAGGUAUUUAAGUUGCUUACCAACAUCAAGAUGGCAGUGUAGUAACUGAUUUCAAGUCCUUUGAGAUUCUUUUGCAGUAGAUUGUAGUUUACUUUGAUUUAUGGAAAGCCCACAGCUACUACCCGAAGGCGAGAUUGUAGUUUACUAUUCAUAUGCUAUAUAUACCUUGUAUACAUGUAUAGUGCAAUUAAUUAGGUCCUGAUUAUUAGGAGAGACUCUACCAAAAGUAUAAGUGCAAUUUUAAAACCAAUACGUGGAACUAUAUGAUUUUUACUUCAAGUUAUCUCUACA